AUGGACGGCACCCCUGGCUCGCGACAGUUGAUGUUUUCCACCCUUCCGCAACUGUUGAUCAGUCCGAAAAGUUCAGGUUCAGAGAAAAGAAAAAAAAUGAGAAAGUUCCAAAAGGAAUUUAUUUUGAACAUCAUGAAAUUCUAUAAAGCGAAAACGGUUUCGAGAGUGUUUCAAAUUGCUAUUAUAGAUUAUAAUUUAACAGCUUUAGUUUAUUAUGGGUUUUUUCAGAAAGUAAUUCAACUUUUGAACCGAUUAGAAAAUCCCGAUUUGUGUAAGACUUUUGAUUAUCUCAGCUUUAUCGGCUUUGAUUUGUAACUCAAUUACUAAUAAACUAUUUUUUAGAAAGAGUGAAAUUUGAUCGGGAGCCAAUUCAUCCGAUAAACAAGCGCUUCUGGUUUCGCUUUUCAGUAUUAUAAACUGUGGACGGAGGGAAAUCAACUUUAUUUAGCGGGCUUCUCCUUCUCCUAUUGUUUUCGACUCAUAGAACGAUACCGAGAAUACAUGGAAUGUUGAAACAAAUUAGGUACAAAAAUAAAGCUAUAGAAAAUUUAGCCUUUAGUGCCCAAUCAUCACCCUUCAUGAUAGAAUAUUUUAAUAGUCAAAGCUCACGAAACUAUUUUUUAAAAGCUAGUUUUCUGUUGAAGAAGCUAUCGUUUUCGUUUUUCUGUGAGUUGGUUUUUUCAUAGUUGGAAAGUUUCCCAGUGCGGAGUGGAAAUCGUGGGCUCAACUCUUGUCCAAGUCUUACUUUUUUCUUUCUUCGAUUAGAAGUCAAAGCUUUAAAUUAAAGAACAGGCGCACUAUCGGGCAAAGUUUGGCGGGAUGUGCCCCUAACAAAUGUUGUGCCGCCAUUGGAUCGCCUCGAGCAAUCGCGUUGUUGCCAUUUGCCGUACACAUUUUACGGCCCCAUCUUUCGUUGUUGGCUGUUCAGUUCGACUGCCGAGCGAUCCAUCUGGACCUCUGAGAUUAAUGACUUGGGCUCUUCGCGCGCUGGAGUUUGGCCGAUCACAUCUUGCACAUUGGUUCAUUCAUCUGGCCGUGUUUCAGUCUUUUGGUUGGCCAAUGUGA